GUGCCUCUCGACUGGACUGAUGAAAGUGUGGGAACUACGAAAGUAGCGUUCGUGAAAUAUCCUUCAAAGAAUGAAUCAGCGGAGGAUCUUGUUCUAAAUUUCGGGGGACCGGGCGGCUCAGGUGUUGCAACACUGUUGAACAUCUCACCGUUACUCGCCAACGUCUUUGGCUCGAGUGUCAACUUGAUUAGUUUCGAUCCUCGAGGCGUCAACAACACCGGACCUGCGCUCGACUGUUUCUCGAAUGAUCCAGCGACGAAAGCGAUCUUCGAAUCACAAUACUAUCGCAUCAUAGCGGAUACACCCGACAACAUCGCAACCCAGUUCUACUUGGCCGAGUCCUUCGGUCGCUGGUGCAACCCGGUGAUAGGAGGUCCCAAUGGAACGGCAAGAUAUGUGAACACUCCGGCUGUGGCUCGUGACAUGCUUGCAUUCGCCGAACUCGCACACGCGACAAGAGGCAAGCCAAAAGCAGAUGCGAAGCUGUGGUUCGCGGGGUUCAGCUACGGAGGCGUUCUCGGUACCACGUUUGCUGCACUGUUUCCUGACCGCAUUGGUCGUUUCAUACUUGAUGGAGUGGUAGAUGGCGAGGACUACUACGGGGGCUCCUGGAGCAAAAGCCUCAUCGACACAGACAAGGUGGUCGAUGGGCUGAUCUCCUCCUGCUUAGCUGCUGGUGGGGAAGCCUGUCCUCUUUAUGAGGAUUCGUUUGAGGCUAUCGAAUACCGCCUCUCCAACAUUCUCACCAAGCUCAAGCAGCAUCCGAUCCCUGUUUGGGACCCUGCCAUUGUUGACGUGCCUGCCCUGGCCACAUAUGCAGAUUGGAGUAACGUCCUGCUCCUUGCUACCAACUUCCCUCUGGCGUCCUACCCAAAAAUAGUUCAGAUUCUCAUACAUCUGGAACAGGGACGCGGCGAAUCGUUGAUAGCUUCGAAGAAGAUGGUUUUAGGCGCCAACUACAGUAAAGAAGCCAGUUACAACUCGGUCCAGGGGUAUACAAUGAUCGGGUGUGUCGAUGCUGGGGGUAGGCACAAUCUCUCCUCUCUUGACAACUUCCGAGAUUAUGCAAGUUUCUUGAAGACGCAAAGCAAGUAUACCGGAGAGGCCUGGGCUGUUACAUCUGCGACUUGCCGUGUUCUGGAUGUGAUUCCACCAACAAGUGGACAAUUCACUGGCCAACUACCGCCCUCGGCCAACAAGACCAGUUCGCCUAUUUUGUUUAUUGGCAACAGAGCAGAUCCUGUUACACCACUUGUCGGCACUCGGAGAGCAUCUACAUCCUUCCCCGGCUCUGGACUUGUCGAAAUAGAUGGUAUUGGUCACACGAGCCUUGGCGUGCCUUCUACAUGCGCGUUCAAGGAAAUGCGCAAGUAUCUUUCCGGAGCAUCUCCCCUUCCACUUGUCUCUUGUAAACCAGAUGAGGUUCCAUUUCAGAGCAAGCUUGAGGGUCUGGCGCUAUUGACGGAGAUUUAG